GCACAACAACGUGAGAGUGAACGAAUGGAUCGUGGAAUGCGAACAAGGGGACCGCAGAUGGGCGGUGGUCGAGGAGGAGGUCGAGGUGGGGGUUGGAGUGAUUCGGGCAGUGGAGGUGGUUGGGGUGGUUCGAUGAGGGGACGUACAGAGCAGGGUGGUUACGGAGGUGGUGCUGGUGCUGGUCAAUGGGGAGGAUCUGGUGGUGGCUAUAGCAGUGGUUAUGGUACAGGUGGAGGAGGUUAUGGGGGAGGAGAAGGAGCCAGUCGAUCGGGUGGAACGAGAGGUGGAUGGUCUGGUUCAAGUGGAAGUCAGGGUGGUCCAAGGGGUUGGACAUCAGGCUCGCAGUCGUCACAAGCCUUAGGAGGAUGGGGAGGUUCACAAGGAGGUGUUGAUGCGCUUGGUAAGUAUAAUACCGAAAGUAUUGUUGUUUCAUUUUUAUACUAA